UUUCUCGUCCGCUCCUCUCUCUCUCUUUUCUUCUCUCUUUCUCAGCUCCGAUUCUUUAAAUCCCGAACUUCUCUCCUCUAAUCCCACCCGAUCCGACGGAUCCGAUGCUCCUCUCCCUUUUCUCCUAGAAAUUUCCCAUAUAAAUCUGACAUUCAUUUCUUUAAAUGGAAUAAGUCAAAGAAAAAUCCGAGGAGGAAGAGGGGGGGGGGGAGGAGGAGCUUUAGAUAGAAGAAUAUUCGGGGGGAAUGGCCUCGUCCACAACGAGUUCGUUUUACAUCCACGUCAUCGAGGACGUCAUCAACAAGGUUCGUGAUGAGUUCAUCAACAACGGUGGACCUGGUGACGCCGUCCUCAACGAACUCCAAGUAAUUUGGGAAACGAAGAUGAUGCGAGCGGGAGUAAUACUGGGUCCGAUAGACAGGUCUUCUGGCCAGAAACAGCCUAUUCCCGGUAGCGGAAUUACUCCUGUGCACGAUCUUAAUGUUCCUUAUGAAGGGACAGAGGAGUACGAAACUCCUACAGCUGAUAUGCUUUUCCCUCCGACUCCAUUGCAAACGCCUGUUCCUACUCCAUUGCCGGGAAGUGCAGAUGGUUCUAUGUAUAACAUCCCUACUGGAAGUAGUGAUUAUCCUACUCCCGUGAAUGAUAGCAGUGAUACUGAUGUAAAAGGUGGAAGGCCAAACCCAUAUAUGCAAUCUCCUUCUCCUUGGCCUAAUCAAAGGACUCCACUAAGUGUUGAUGUCAAUGUCGCUUAUGUGGAAGGGAAGGAGGAAGUGGAUAGAGGAACAUCUCAUCAAUCCAUGACACAGGACUCCUUUAUGAUGUCUUCUGGAAAGAGAAAACGUGACGAUUUUGCUACACAAUAUCAAAAUGGCAGAUACAUACCCCAACAAGAUGGAGCUGGAGAUUAUACAUCUGAAGUUGCAAAUGCAGAGGGAAGUAAGGGUUGUAAUAUCCUGGAUAGAUGUGACUCAACAACCACUGCAAAAAACAAGAUCUUAACACACUUGGCCACGCUAUCAACAAAGAUUCCUCAACUGGAUGGACCAAUUCCCGACCCAUAUGAAGAUAUGCUUUCUACUCCCAACAUAUACAAUUAUCAUGGAGUUGCUAAUGAAGACUACAAUGUAGUGAACACGCCGGCUCCAAAUGACCUUCAGGCUGCAACUCCUGCUCCUGUUCCUGUUCCCAAAAAUGACACAGGGGAUGAUGACGACGACGAGCCAUUGAAUGAAGAUGAUGAUGAUGAAGAUGAUUUGGAUGAUGUGGACCAGGGGGAAGAGCUGAACACACAACAUUUAGUUUUGGCCCAAUUUGACAAGGUGACUCGUACCAAGAGCCGAUGGAAAUGCACGCUGAAGGAUGGUAUCAUGCAUAUAAACAAUAAGGACAUUCUCUUUAAUAAGGCAACUGGCGAAUUUGACUUUUAAUUUUGUUAGAUAAAUGUGGUCGCCUUCAUAUUGCAGCAAGUCAAGGGGUGUUAUUCAGUGUUUCGUAAUUUCUCGGCCUUCCGUAAGACUUGGCUUCUGGUUGUAUUGUACACAGAGGAAGAGCUAUUUCGGCCUUCCGUAAGACUUGGCUUCUGGUUGUAUUGUACAUAAAGGAAGAGCUAUUUCGGCCAUAGGAUGGAUGACUUGGAGACUGCUUCAUGUUGUUUUAUAAACUAUCUCAAUGGCAUUUAUACUUGUUAUGCUUGAGGCAUUUUGGUUAGCAUCUUGGAAAAACAUUGCCUUCCUUUA